AUGCAAUACUUCGACGACAUCAUUCCGUUCGGAGAGUUUGAAUGUCGAGAAGCAUUGGAAAGAGAAGUGAAAAGACAUCGAUACUGGAAGACCAAGGCAGUUAAGAAGAUGAAUUUCGACAGAAUCGAGACAUCGACAAGUAUUCAGUACAUUCUGGAGUCAUUCACUGAAGCUCGAUCGACUUCUGAAGCGAAUGAGGCGGCUAACUUCGCAGCGAUGAGUGAGGCUUCUUGCUCAAUGUCAGGAAGCGGAGCUUUGAGUCCGUGGGAUUUCGAAGUGAUGCCGAAUCAGUUGUUUGUUGAUCAGGUGCGCGUCUUCGAAAUGCCCGGUUCAAGUCAAAUAAAUCCGUGUUCUGCUUGCAAUUCGGAGGGCACCAUUCAUUGUUUUCAUUGUAGAGGAUAUGGAACAGACAAGUGCUCUUUUUGUAGAGGAACCGGUAUGAAGUCAGGAGUUGCCCACCCGGCUGUCUACACCCAUCCAAUGAUUGCCACAUUCCCGCAUGCAGAUCUCUCACGUGGAUAUGCAUCAUCGUCGACUGCGAUGGUCAGGCACGGAAGCAACUCUUACGGAAUCGGGACCCCCAUGCAUUUCAUGUCGAAAACUGGAGUACCACCACCUGGAAUUGGUACCCAUGAUUUGUGUUACAUGUGUCAUGGAAGAGGAAUAAAAGAGUGUCAUCACUGCAAAGGCGGAGGGAAGAAGCCGUGUACUUCUUGCUCAGGAACGGGUUCGGUCAGGAAUUAUACAAGGAUUAAGGUUUAUUUCAAAAAUGAGAAGUCCGAACACUACACGGAAUGUGAGAUACCUGAAAAGCUACUGUUUCAAGCGGAAGGUAAACGGAUAUUCGAAGAAGAACAAGACUAUAUCAUUCCCAUCUCGAAGUACCCCCAAGAGGACGUGAAUAAUAUGUCGAAGCUCUUCUGUGCCCAACAUCUUCAGAAAUGUAUGGGAGUGUGUCGAGUGAUUAGGCAACGCCACUACAUGAAUGCAAUUCCAAUCAGUAAAGUACACUUUUCAUUAGGAACUGAGAAAGGAAUAUUCUAUGUUUAUGGAACACAGAAACUGUGUUUCUUCCCUAAUUUCCCAUCGAAAUGUGUGAUUUUAUAA